GAUGUUGGUGAAAAGGUGUAGUGUAAGGGCGACAACUCAUAUAUAAUAUAGCCAAAUAGUUUACUCACACUUCCCUCAACUUCUGCUCCAUCUCGAUCCAAUCCACAGAUCAAAAUGCCAACUCUUACACGACUUGUCGUUUCGCUCUCUCUCGCUACUCUCUUACUCCUAUCCUCCUUCUCUCUCACUCUCUGCAACAAAGCCCCGCAAAACGACAACGACGACGACGACGAAGAUCUCAGCUUCCUCGAGGAGCCCCAUGACGCCACCGCCACUUCUCACCACCACUUCCCAGAUCCCGACCAAUUUGACGACGACGACGGCGACGACGCCGACGACUUCGGGGACUUCUCCGGCUACGACCCCUCCGCCGACGAAGCCUUCGCCGACCCCGCGGUCGACGACAAGGACGUCGUCGUUUUGAAGGAGCGCAACUUCACCACCGUCGUCGAGAACAACCGCUUCGUCAUGGUCGAGUUCUACGCGCCCUGGUGUGGCCACUGCCAGGCCCUCGCGCCGGAGUACGCCGCUGCCGCCACCGAGCUCAAGCCCGACGGCGUCGUUCUCGCCAAGGUCGACGCCACCGUCGAGAACGAGCUGGCUCACGAGUACGACGUGCAGGGUUUCCCCACCGUCUUCUUCUUCGUCGACGGCGCUCACAAGCCUUACACUGCCCAGAGAACUAAAGACGCGAUAGUGACAUGGAUUAGGAAGAAGAUAGGACCUGGUGUGUCCAACAUAACCACGUUGGAUGAUGCUGAAAGCGUGUUGACCUCUGAAAGUAGAGUUGUUUUGGGCUUCCUAAACUCUUUAGUUGGUGCUGAAAGUGACGAGCUGGCUGCAGCAUCAAAGCUUGAGGAUGAUGUCAAUUUUUAUCAAACUGUGGUACCUGAAGUGGCAAAGCUUUUUCAUAUUGAUGCGAGUGCUAAACGCCCUGCAUUGAUCUUGCUCAAGAAAGAGGAGGAGAAAUUGAACCAUUUUGAUGGUGAAUUUGUAAAAGCUGAAAUAGCCGAAUUUGUGUCCUCCAACAAGCUUCCUUUGGUUACAACUUUUACGAGAGAAAACGCCCCAUCAAUCUUUGAAAGUCAAAUCAAGAAACAGUUGUUGCUGUUUGUGACAUCAAAUGAUACAGAGAAGUUCCUUCCAGUAUUUAAAGAAACAGCAAAACUUUUCAAGGGAAAGCUGAUCUUUGUUCAUGUGGAAAUGGAUAAUGAAGAUGUUGGAAAGCCUGUUGCAGAUUAUUUUGGCCUCGCAGGGAAUGCUCCCAAAGUGCUUGCAUACACAGGAAAUGAUGAUGGAAGAAAAUUUUUGCUUGAUGGAGAGGUUACUGUUGACACAAUUACGGCGUUUGGUAAAGAUUUUCUUGAAGACAAGCUAAAACCUUUCCUGAAGUCAGAUCCAGUUCCUGAAAGUAAUGAUGGUGAUGUGAAAAUAGUUGUUGGGAAUAGCUUUGAUGAAAUUGUCUUGGACGAGUCAAAGGAUGUUCUGCUUGAGGUUUAUGCUCCUUGGUGUGGUCACUGCCAAUCCCUGGAACCAACAUACAACAAGCUUGCUAAACAUCUCAGCAGCAUUGAGUCUAUUGUUAUAGCCAAGAUGGACGGAACAACAAAUGAGCAUCCCAGGGCCAAGGCUGAUGGAUUCCCCACUCUUCUCUUCUUCCCUGCAGGAAACAAGACUUCUGACCCUAUUCCUGUUGAUGUGGAUCGUACAGUGGUAGCCUUUUAUAAGUUCCUCAGGAAACAUGCAUCAAUCCCAUUCAAGCUCCAGAAACCCACCUCAACCUCUAAAUCCGGUAGUGGGAGUUCUGAUGUCAAGGAGAGCCAAAGCAGCAGCACCGACGUGAAAGAUGAAUUGUAAGUUAACUGACAUAUGUAUAAAGAGAUAUGAUUCAGGCAGGUGAUAACGACGUGAAAAGGUGCUUUAGCAAAGAAAGUGACAUAAUGAUUGGGUGAAAAAAACUAUUUUCCCUCACCCUGACCAAAAGACAAAUAGCCAAGAAAAGGGUGGCGAAGAAACGAGGCAACAAAUGUAUUAGCUUCUUCCAACUUUUACAUGUUUGAGUAUUAGGAUUUUGGGUGAGACUUUAAUUUAAAAAAAAAAUGCCUCGAAAUUAAUUUUAUCUGCCUCCAAUUUUACUUUUCCUAAA